AUGGACAAACACAAUCUCACAGGACUGAAGGAAUUCAUCCUCCUCGGAAUCACAGACCGCCCGGAGCUGCAAGCUCCCCUGUUUGUGCUCUUCCUCAUCAUCUACAUGAUCUCACUGAUGGGCAACCUGGGCAUGGUCAUCCUCACCAAGGUGGACCCCAGGCUGCAAACACCCAUGUACUUCUUUCUCAGGCACCUGGCACUCACGGAUCUCGGCUAUUCCACCGCUGUGGGACCCAAAAUGUUGGUAAAUUUCCUUGUGGAACAAAAUACAAUCUCCUUUUACUUUUGUGCCACACAGCUGACUUUAUUUAUCAUGUUCAUGUGCAACGAACUUUUCAUUCUAGCAACAAUGUCCUAUGACCGCUAUGUGGCCAUCUGCAAUCCUCUGCUCUACACAGUCAUCAUGUCCCAAAGACUGUGUCUUGUGCUAAUAGUAAUCCCGUAUCUCUACAGCACCUGUGUUUCUCUUCUGAUCACCAUAAAACUUUUUAAUCUACCCUUCUGUAGUUAUAAUGUCAUUAAUCAUUUCUACUGUGACAAUUUCCCCUUGUUAACUUUGGUCUGCUCAAACACUCUCGAAGUUGAAUCCUUGAUAAUCAUUUUCUCAGCUGUUAAUUUGAUCUUCACCCUCCUCAUAGUUCUGGUGUCUUACCUGCUCAUCCUCAUUGCCGUGCUCAGAAUGAAGUCUGCUGAGGGGAGACGCAAGGCUUUUUCCACCUGUGGAUCGCACCUGACUGUGGUCAUACUGCUCUAUGGGACUUUGAUAUUUAUGUAUGUGAAACCCAAGUCCAGUCAUUCUUUUGACACUGAUAAAAUGUCAUCUAUAUUUUAUACCCUGAUUAUCCCCAUGUUGAAUCCCUUGAUCUAUAGUUUGAGGAAUAAGGAUGUAAAAUGUGCACUGCAGAGAAUUUCGGAAAGAGUUCGUAAUAUAUUUUCUUAA